UUUCUGGUUUUAUCCUGAUUACUAGCAUCUGCAGUAGUUUGCUUUUGUAAGUGGCCCUAUUAACCCUCUGUACCCAUGGAAGCAAUUUAUAGUCCCAUAAAACCAGGGGGUAUGUGUUUGUAGAGAUGAGCGCAUGAACAACCCUCUUGUUUAGUUGUGGGUUUGUAGCACCACAGUGAAGUGUUGAAGUAUAGACGACAGCCAGAAGUCAUUGCCCGUGGAAUCAAUUAUUGGUGCCUCAAGGUGUGUCUUUGACCUCAUUCUGCAACACUACUGCAGUAACUCAGAACUCUGUAAUCACCUGUAAAGCCUUCAACACAGAAUAAUCAGAUGUUCUGCUCUCCUCUGAUUGUGCCUGGCAUCACGGAUUCAAUCUGUGGAGACGGUGUGUGUGUUUUAGUGAAGGUUAGGGAGCCGGCUACAGGACUCGCUACCUUCACACUGCACACAGUGUGGAAUAAUUGAGACAUUCCUCGAUGACAGUUCACGCAGAGCCAAGAACACAGAUCAGGUACGAGAAAUGAUUGUUUAAGACGUCCAAGAGAGUUGGAAGGCAGAGAUGGUGAUGGAGCAUCGAGAUGUCCAUUGGGUCCUGGCAUACUUUCUCAUCUGUCCCAGUAUCAUCCAAGCCACGACUGUAUCUCCGCUUGCCAAAGGCGAUUCGUCAGUCGGCAACAACAUAAUUUACAUUUAUUCCGCCAAAACUGCCCACGAUGGACAUCCAAACCCUCCGAGCAGCUCGUCCAGCCUCCUGCCGGAGAUCUCUAUCGAAGACUCCACUAAUGGCGAGCGUGCUGGGCCUGGCCACUCGGGCAUGUCCCCUUGGUCCCCGGGAAUGGCAUCCACUGAAAGUGCACCAGACUUUAGUGGUGAUGAUGAGGAUCUAGUUUUUGACGAUGAGGAUAUGUUUACUGAAGACGGAGGCAUGGAGAGAGAGGACAAGAGUGAUGGUGAACAAGUCGAACAGAAUAUGUUUGAAUCUGCAAAGUUUCUUUUUGGAAAUGCAUCUGUUCCGUCAGUCCUACCUGCUGAGGCAAGUUCCAAUUUUGACAAUUCUUUGUUUAAGCCACCGCAUGAUAGUACCGCAGUUUCUAAGGCAUCCCACUCCCAUCAAGUGAACACAAGUCCGCAAGGCAGUGGGGCGGCGCUCGGUGCCUCUUUGCUCCAAAAUCCCACAACGUUUCCAAAUGAUGGCUCCAUCUUUGAGGCCACUUCUGGUCACAUGACACUUCCGCACACUGGGACCGUGCAAACCACACCAAGGCCUCUUGUUACUCGGGAAGCUGUGAAUCCAACAUUGGCUUCAGAUCAUUUGGUGAGUGGGGAGCAACAUUUAGUCGCUACCUCUGGCGUGCCACUGAGAAAGGGAAAGCCCGUUUUGGAAUUCGAAAGGAAUCGUGAUCAGACGACACCAUCUGUUUCCGAAUCAUCUCCUCCUGCGAAAUGGGAUCAGACUUUCAUCUCAAAGAAAGAGGCUGAUAAUCGUAUGACUUCUGCGCCGAUGCGUUCUGCUUCUCCUUUGCUCACGGGGUCCAGUUAUGCUGCAAUGAGGAGAGAAAAAUCAUUAAUAGUUAGUCAACCUGCUGUCGGUGUUUCUGAACGUAAUGAUCGGCUGGGUACUCUCAAUGGAACAGCCGCUGUUGAAACCAAUGCUCGACAUGCUGCCAAUGGUGUAGAACACACCCAUCUGCCAACAAACUCUGCCACAGAGAAGCUGGUGUCUGAGGUGAGGUGGCAAACUACUGCUCAAGUGUACGCAAGUGUGAAGGUCCUCAGUGAUGCCCACAGGAUGUCUACGUCACAGUGGACGAGAAGGCCGGUGUACGAUGCUGGCAGAUUCCUACCGGCCCAGCAAACUACUCAAACAUACCCAACAUCGGAACGAGGAUAUGAUACCUUCAUUAAUCGAGCAGACAACACCUCCACGUUCAUUGAGAUGCUGAAAGAUGCCCAGUUGGUCAAUGGUCGACCAACUAACAUUAGUCAGGGCUCCACUGUGAGGGGUACCUCUCUGGCAAUGAUUACCAUCUCUCCAACGGCUAGGCUGCAGCAUCUGACCAUGAAGGGAAAUAGAAAUGGCAUGUCACCAACUGAGCCACUGACCCUGUCACUGCCACUUCCCUCUCACCGCUGACUGCAUGGAGGCUUGGUCCAUGGAGAGAAGUCAGCUCCGCUCUUGAACCUGCCACAACCUUGAGAACUGAGCGCACACCAAGCGGCCGCUACAUGGCAAUGCUGAAGACGGGACCGACGGCACUCGCUCAAGGGCUGUCGGCAAAAGUCUCGAACAAAGUGAAUGUUUCUGCCACCCAGACACCUCUCGUGCAGGAAGGGCCUGGGACCAAGUCAGUGGGCACCAAUCCGACUCCACCGUGGGCAACAACAAAAGUCCCUUUCCCCAGUUCCCGGCCUACAAAGAUGCCUGAAGCAUGGACAUCAACUAAGGGAGGUCCUGUUAAAGCAGAUGUUACACCUCCAUUGAAUGGAGCUGCUACAGAGCGGACAUCCUCACGAGCUACUGGAACACCUGGAAUCCAUUACACCAUCGUGACAACGGGGAAGGGCGGCCAUUCAGGGACUGCCACCCAAACACCGACCAUGACAGUAGCAUCCAACACUACGGCUGGUGUCAACACUACUUCUCCCAAAGGCCAGGGCCCUCGCAACGGGCCGGGACACAAACGGAUCAUGCCAAUCAAUGGCCACAAGCCAAAUCACACUGCUGACGCCAGGACAACUGUUGGCAGUCGCUCAAAUAAAAUCAGCCCCCGUUUUGAACUCUGCCCCACGCAGGAUAGAGACUGUGCUGCCAACACAACCUUCACCCAGUGGAAGGACAUGAAACGGACUUUGGGAUUUGCUUGGGAAUUGCACAUUUAUGGGGCGGGAGUGCUGUUCGUUAUCCUCAUGGUGAUAUCACUGAUUAAUUUAAUCGGCUCUCCCAUCUUGUACAUUCCUGACCUCGGCUACCUGAUGGCGGCUCAUGCUGUACUAUUUGUAUUGGCCUUCCUAAGGGCACUGUAUCUAUUUCUUGAUCCAUACGGCAGCAAAGCCAAACUGCCCCUGGUGAGUGGUUUGGUGUUGUACAACAUCACUUUCCCCCUCCUCGUCACUACCUUUGGCAUCCUCACUCUGCUCCUGCUGAAGAUGGGGAGCCUUCAAAUGCUCUCGUCGAAACUCCAGAGCCCGACCACCCUGUCCACAAUUGCGUCUGCCCAUUUUGUCGUGCUGAUAAGCGGCGACCUCCUGUGCCUCUUGGUCAACCCCGCUGUGAACGUGGUCCUGCACGUCUUCUCCGUUUCCUGGGCUUCGUUCCUCUUCACCGCCUUCUUCCUCAGCUAUCGCAAGCUGAAGAGUCGCCCCGAAACCUCCCUGCAGCCGAUUCCGAAAUCGGCCAUCGGUAACGAAGAACCGCUCGAUCAGCAGAUUCAGGGGAGAGCGUUGAAACAACUCCUAAUCUCCACGAGGGUGAUGGCAAUCGCCGCUGUUUUGGGGUUCCUGUGUUGCGCUCUGCAGGUCUAUGCCACUCUCUGGAAUUAUGGACUGUUGGGGAAGAAAGGGCAGUUCUAUUGGACGUGGUGGUUCCUUCAGUUUUGGUAUCGGAGCUUUGAGAUUGCAAUGUCCAUUGCCAUGAGUUUUGUGGCCUCAUACACGUUCUGCCAACAACACACCCGACCUGGCCACACCUGCUGGAGGAAGAUUGUCCAAUAUUUCCACCACUACAGGAAAAGCGAGGUGCGUGACUACCCGAACAACUGCUUCGACUGGUCGUACGGAACGCAGGACAGGGUAACCAGCAACAACAUCUGCAAGAACCUUCUCCGUAACCAGUCUGAGUCCAUGCCUCUCAAAGCGAUGAACGGUACCAACGGCGCCAAGCCUGCCAAGAGUUACCUCAGCAGCAACGGUUCCAUUCUCUCGCUGGAUCACAGGCCCAAAAUACCCGUCCUGGGGCCCAAAUCUCACAACCUGUUGAUAGGCCGCUCUUUUACGAGCAUCUGCAUCGAGAAGGAGUCGGCUGUGUCCCUCACGGAGUUAGACCUGCGCCCGCCUUCCCCCAUCAACCUCAGCAGAAGCAUUGAUGAAGCGCUCUUCAGAGAGCACAUUGUCCGAGACAGCCUGUUUAACAAUUCGAGUCUUCGACAAGCCAGCCACCUAGCCUUAGAAGGCUCUCGCUCUUCGUUUAGAGUGACCAAAGCUUCGGAUCAGACUAACGCUACACGGGCUCCGCUGGGUUUCAGACGCCGGAAUAGUGACCCCGACUGCUUGUACAACAUGGCCAAAAGCGGCUCGCUAAACAACCACCAAAUGGAUACGUCAAAGCAGUCCGUCCAGGAACUCGACAGCACCCAGGCAUCCAGCAGGCUCCACCGAUCCGCCUCCGGAAGCUCCUUGGACAGUAUUUCCAGGACAUCCUUCGGGAUCCACUGGUACACGUGGACUCGCGAGCGUUCUUCGGAGGAGAGCGUGCCCUCUGCCGACCCCGCGAGCGAGAGCCUUCUCUCGCAAGACAAGAGUUUGGACAACCCUGACGUAACAUUGAAGAGCGAAGACCUUGAUCUGGAAGCACAAAAGAGCUUCAUAGAGAUCAGAGUAAUUGACGACGUCAGCCUUACCAGCGACACUAUUGAACUCUAACACAGACCUGACCUUCCUCAAUUACACAGGAGGAAAGUAACGGACCUGCGUGAAGAUAAGGUCACUGGCUUUAUCAAUCAUAAAAGUCCCAUGUUCACUGUCACUGACUGAAAAAUGGGGAGUGAAGAUCAGUCGAGACUUCAUCCUUAUUCCAUGAAAUUUGACCAACGUGCGGUUGUAAAACCAAGUAUGUACGUCAUGGUACAAAGUCCUUUUCCCUGAUUCAUUAAUGCACUAGCUUUCAAAACUCACCUUGUCUCAACUGUAGUUCAUCCAUGUGACAAACAGCGUGAUUUCUUCAGUCCAAAACGCAAGCCUGGGAAUAACGCAAACCAUAAUAUCAUGGGGAAAGCAGAUUAAGCAGAAAUACUUACGGGGUGAUUUUUAUUGGUACUAAAUAGGUGCCAUUAUUUUCUGUGUUUCAAAAAAAAACCCUCAAUCUAAUACCGCUCUCCUUUGAUAAUAUCUGUAAAGAUUUAGCACUUUAUUGAUCUGCCUCAGAGAGAUCAAAAUGCCAGAUUUCCUAUGGAUACAGCAAGCUUUUUCCAGGACCACAUCAUGAGACCACAAGCUAUUCACAAUCGGUCGACCUUGCCAUCAGCCCUUUCCGUGGAACAUUUCUGUAAGGAGGAGGAAGGAGUUAAUGUGUGCUGAAGCAGGAUCCUGGAGUGACACAGCCUCAAAGAAGGCCAUUCAGCCCAUCGUGCGCAGAUUGUGCCAGAGUCAUGAGAGAGGGAAAGCGAGUGAGAGGCAGAGAGUGAAUGCGGCAGGUGAGAAAGGUAGGAAAUCAAACUGGAAUCGCAAUCAAUUGUGCCCUCAUCUGGUGGAUCUCACCACUGAAUGGAAACAGCCGCAAAUCAUUGCUUCUGAGCAGAUUAGACGUAUUCUUUGAAGGCAUCACCAGAUGUCGCCCAGUUUGCAUCUUGGUGUUUACUCAGCUUGCAUUGUAUUCAGCAGUAGCUAACGUAUUCGAAGAAAAUCCAAAAUGAAUCUCCCUGGUCUGUUUUCACAGAUGAAAUUGAGUUAGAAAUGUCAGUCAUUUGUGUUUCACACAUGCAAUGAAUUAUAUUCAUUUCCCAUCCAUUGUUGACUUUAACCUUCCUUCUCGCAAACCCUUGCCUUUAUUAAAAGGAACGGUUGAUGGCAAAGCAUUUAUCACUCUGAACUGGCAAUGAUUUGGCAAGUUUCCCCUGGGUUACACGCGCCCAGCUUUACGAAGUGGCUUGAUCUGAGAAUCUACUGGGCCAGGGUUUAAUGCGUAAUGAAGAUGACUGAUGUGAGGGGUGAGAAAGCAGGAUGAGAGCUAACCAGAAAAGGAAAGAAUAUCAAAAUCCAAUUGCUGACAUGUAUCCAACAGUGUUAAGCCCACAGUGAGCUUGCCCAUAUUAGAUCAAGAUGGAGUUCACAUGUCAUAGGAGCAGUAUAGUGUGGGAAGGAACUGCAGAUGCUGGUUUAAACCGAAGAUAGACACAGAAUGCUGGAGUAACUCAGCAAGACAGGCAGCAUCUCUGAAGAGAAGGAUGAUGUUUUUUGAUCGAGACCCUUCUUCAGUAGGGCUGUAUUCAGUAGGUCAGUAGACGUUGGUCAAAUGACAGCAAUUCUACUUUGUGCUUCAUUUAGUUUCAACAUGAGGUGAAAGGUAUUGGACAUGAAAUUCAACAUUUUGUAAACCAGCACCUCCAGUUCCUUGUUUUUAACACCGCAACAUUCAACAUGGCUGUGUGACUGGAAUAUGGAAAAAUUCUCGGAAGGACUGUUCUGAGCCUCGUCUGCUUUGUUCAGGAUGACUGAGGUGUCCUGCUACACCCCUGUUCCAGCUACCUACCUCCCCGCAUCUGUGGCUAUUGGUAUCAAUUAGCUCCAAGCACAGCAAACAUCACUGUUACUCUCCGCAGUUCCCCUACAGAAUACAGACAAUCAGGUUGAAGAGACAAUCAUCUUUGAACAUUGCUGCAUCAUUUGGAUAUCAGUGUACACAACAUCACCAAUGCAAGUCAGAUUUAAUAAAAUAUAAAUAAGAUACAAUAACAUUGCUAUAGAAUCCAUUGGAAGAAUGGAUAGACAAUCACUUCAAACCUAUGUUCCUGCUGCCUGAGGUGAGGUGAGGAGAAUAUAUCUCCAGGAACUGAUACCUGGAGGAACUGACAGAUAUCUCCACAGAUUUCUUCAAAGAAGAUUGCAGACUUUUCUCCAGCCUUCCCUUGAAACUGAAUGUGGAUGGAGGACUUAAGAGAAUACAGCGUUAUAAAGCUUCAUUGGCCACCAUGACUUGUUUUCGAAUAGACUUUAAAACGUUUUAAACAAAAAAUAAAUGUUUGCAAAAGUCCCAGACACUGGGAAAACCUUAGUGCAGUAUUUUCAAAAAAAGCAAUAUUCAUAGUUUGUAACGGCGGCCCAGUUAAAAACAAAAACAGCUGUUUACCAUUUGCUUACCUUUGAAGUACAGUAUUAUAUUUAAUAUGAUCGGAUGGCUCCAUCUUUUACAAUCAUCAGAACAACGUGAUGGAUGGUUUGUUGGAGAGCUUUUCUGAAAGCUGCCUGAACAAAGACCCCCUGGAAAUGCACUGUUUGCAUGGAACAUAAACUUGCACUUACUUUAACUGAAGCUCAACUUCACCACGGAGGGAGUUGUUUGCGAGACUCUGAACUUCAUAACCGCAGUGCUAAUGCCCUGUUAUUCACUGCCAGCAUCAGCAACUGUGGUUGGGGGUGAAUCGUGAUGUUGGCAGCAGAAACCUGUUCCGUUUGUCUGCCUGCCGUGCCAGAGGGAUGCUAUUGUUACUGAGCGUGUUAUUCGGGGGAGGUGGUAUAAUGUGUAUGCAUGGAAGAAAGUGCAUGAAUAUGUGUAGCCGUAUGCGGAACAACGAGUGCAUGGUUGCGAGUUAGUGGGGAGUUUAAACAGAAAAUAUCAGAGCAAUCAACAGGUCAGACAGCAUUUGUGAAGGGAGAAGAAACAACAUUUA